CGUUUGUAACCUCGACGCGAAUUCAUGACGGCACGGCGGCAUAGCGCGGAGAAUCCUCUCUUGGACCACGAGCUCGAAGGAGCGCAUGACAUGCUGCAUACUAGUUCGUCCAUGGGUGACAUACGCGGUGUCCACUUUGACGGUGGUCUCGCUACACCUGAAUCCGACGACAUGACGCAACCCACGGCGGUCUACCGCAGCAUGUUUACGAAGCGCUCGCAGUCGUUCGGCACGCCGUCGUCCGCGCAAAGAGAGAGCUCCAGUUUCGGAUACGACGACAUCACGAUGGGUAUCGGCAUUGGUACUCCGCCGUCGUCCACUCGAUCUAUGCGCGAUGGGUCCCGCGCUUCCGUCCAAGACAUUGCCAAAGAUAUGGUUAUCAAUCGCAAAAUGAUUGACGAAGGCGUGGGACUCGCGCAUCCCGAGGACGUCCGCGACAGCAUUCGCAUGAUCCAGGCGUAUUCCAGGCGCGAGAUGCCACUCGACUGCGACCUGAAGGCUUCUGCGCGCAUUAAAAAGAAGCCAUGUACCCUCAUGCUAUCCCGGGAUGCGUUUGCAUGGUUUCACGGAUCCAAGCGCGUGGGGUUCAUCGACACCGACGACAUUGUCGGGGCAGAAUCAAUCUCGUCGUCGUCCUCCCGCAGCACAUCAUCAUCCUCCUCAUCUUCGUCCUUUCGACUCCAUUACUUUCGCAAGGGCAAAGGCUCCAAGCCGUCGCACGCGCUCCUUCGCACACACCACCAACUGGACGUGGACGCCCCCAGCGAAGCCGUGGCGCGCACAUGGAUCCAGGCCAUCCAGGAACUGGUGCGGUGGCAGGCGCGGGUGCCGCCGACCUCGCAGAAGCGCCGCAUUCGGGUGGUGAUCAACCCGCACUCGGGCUGCCGCGACGCCCCGCGCAUCUGGGAACGCGACGUCAAGCCGCUGUUCGACCUCGCCGGCUUUGACUCUCAUGUGGACCAGACGACGUACGGCGGACAUGCGGUGGACAUGGGGCGCGAGUACUCGACGGCGGAAGGGUACGAAGCGAUCGUGUUUGUGUCGGGCGACGGCACCAUCUGCGAGUACAUGAACGGAUUGCUCGCGCGACCAGAAGCCGAGUGGAAGCAAGUGGUGGCCACCACCCCCAUCUCACUCAUUUCCGCCGGCACCCAAAAUGCAUUUGGAAUGGGGGUCGGAAUUCCCACGACGGCGGCCGCCGUCUACUGCAUCAUCAAGCGCAAACUGCGGCCGCUGGACGUGUGUACAGCCAUGGCGGACGACAACCGCGGCACUGUGCAGUACAGCUGCUGUGGCUUGGGAUGGGGAGUGCCAGGGGACAUCGCGGCCGAGUCGGAGAAGUUCCGAUGGAUGGGCACCAAGCGGUACGCGUUCCUCAAAGUAAAGCGCCUGCUCUUCCCCAAACGACACUCGGGGCGUCUGCAGUACGUACCCCUCAAGCCCCAGCCCCCGCUCCGCCCAUAUGACCAGAUAAAAAACUUGGGAGCGGACGACCAGUACGAUGUGGAGGAAGACAAUAUAUAUGACGGCAUCGCCAGUGUACGCAACGCCCACUUGAAAGCGGCGUCCAAACUCGCCGGCGCAGGUACACUUUCACCAUCUAAACAUAUCUGACUAUGAUACUACUGGACAAAAGGAAUGCUACGAGUCGUCAUGCUAUUGGCUGUUCGAUAUUGUCUUUCUUUUCCCCAAAAUUUGGGCUUUUGUGCUGGUUCUUUGCCAAAUCUAUGGAUCGAAUCUAUCUACUAAAUUGUGAUAUGUAAAAUAGUGUCCAGUGGUGAUUGUAAUAUCACACUAAUUUAACGUUGAUGAUGGUUUCCUGCAAUCUGAUUGGCUCAAUCCUUCUGCCGAUGAUUCUUGUGUAAUAUAUUUGGUUGUGCCGAUGCAUUCCUUCUCCAUAUCGGUCCAGUUUAAAAUAUAAACACAAGAAUAUUAUGCCAACAUCGUUAUUUACUGUGUACUUAUGCAUGAAUGAAUGUCAAAGUCGUGACAACAGGAAACACUGUAUGUCCUCUCCUUAUAUGGCUGUGUAUGGGUGGGUGUACAUACUACUAUUCGAGCUGUGUGGAUUAUAAGGACAACCGUAGUAUAUUGAGAUAUGGUAUUAAUAAAUAUCAAGC